GCGGCUCCCUCCAAGAUGGCGGCAGCGGCGGCGGAUCCGGGAGCGGGGAGCCCCCCAGCUGGCGAGUCUUGCGGCGGGGGCGGCAGCGGCGCUGGCGGGCUCCCCUCUCCCGGGGAGCAGGAGCUGACCCGGCGCCUGCAGCGCCUCUACCCGGCUGUCAACCAGCACGAGACACCGCUGCCCCGCUCGUGGAGCCCCAAGGACAAGUACAACUACAUCGGCCUCUCCCAGAGCAACCUCCGCGUCCACUACAAAGGUCAUGGCAAAAAUCACAAAGACGCUGCCUCAGUUCGCGCAACGCACCCCAUACCUGCUGCCUGUGGCAUUUAUUACUUUGAAGUGAAGAUCGUCAGUAAAGGCAGAGAUGGGUACAUGGGAAUAGGACUCUCAGCCCAAGGUGUCAACAUGAACAGACUGCCUGGUUGGGACAAACAUUCAUAUGGUUAUCAUGGCGAUGAUGGACAUUCAUUCUGUUCUUCUGGGACUGGGCAACCUUAUGGCCCAACCUUUACUACUGGAGAUGUGAUUGGCUGCUGCGUCAACCUCAUCAACAAUACUUGCUUCUAUACAAAGAAUGGACACAGCUUAGGUAUAGCUUUUACGGACCUCCCGGCAAACUUAUACCCCACGGUGGGCUUGCAGACGCCUGGGGAGAUCGUAGACGCCAACUUUGGGCAGCAGCCCUUUGUGUUUGACAUUGAGGACUACAUGAGGGAAUGGAGAGCAAAGAUUCAGGGAACCAUUAAGCGUUUUCCCAUUGGUGACAGGCUCGGGGAGUGGCAGGCCAUGCUGCAGAACAUGGUCUCUUCCUACCUGGUGCAUCAUGGGUAUUGUGCUACUGCCACCGCUUUUGCCCGUAUGACAGAAACUACAAUUCAGGAAGAACAGGCCUCCAUCAAGAACAGACAAAGAAUACAGAAGCUUAUGCUGGCUGGCCGAGUAGGGGAAGCCAUUGAGGCCACCCAGCAGCUCUACCCUGGUCUCCUGGAGCACAACCCCAACCUGCUCUUCAUGUUGAAGUGCCGGCAGUUUGUGGAGAUGGUGAACGGAACAGAUAGUGAGGUUCGUUGUUUCAGCGCUCGAAGCCCCAAAUCCCAAGACAGCUACCCAGGGUCCCCCAGCCUCAGCCCUCGACACGGACCCAGCAAUUCCCAUCUGCACAGCACUGGAGCAGAAAGCCCAAGCUGUAGCAACGGGGUCACAUCCACCAAAAGCAAACAGAGUCACAGUAAAUACCCAGCCCUGAGCUCCUCAUCAUCGUCGUCAUCCUCCUCCUCCCCUUCGUCAGUCAACUACUCUGAGUCCAACUCCACAGACUCCACCAAGUCCCAGCAGCACAGUAGCACAAGUAAUCAAGAGACCAGUGAUAGUGAGAUGGAGAUGGAAGCAGAACAUUAUCCCAAUGGAGUGCUGGAGAACUCAUCCACCCGGAUUGUAAAUGGUGCCUACAAACAUGAAGAAAUCCUGCAGACAGAUGAAUCUAGUAUGGAAGAUGGGCGUCCUCGGCGACAGCUCUGUGGAGGCAACCAGGCUGCCACAGAGAGAAUUAUCUUGUUUGGCCGGGAGCUGCAGACCCUCAGUGAACAGCUGUGCCGAGAGUACGGCAAGAAUCUGGCCCAUAAAGAGAUGCUGCAGGACGCGUUCAGCUUGUUAGCGUACUCCGACCCGUGGAACUGCCCCGUUGGUCAGCAGCUAGACCCUAUCCAGAGGGAGCCUGUGUGCGCAGCUCUCAAUAGUGCUAUUUUAGAAUCUCAGAACCUGCCAAAGCAGCCCCCCCUGAUGCUCGCCUUGGGCCAAGCCUCCGAGUGUCUUCGGCUUAUGGCCCGAGUUGGUCUGGGCUCCUGUUCAUUUGCCAGAGUCGAUGACUAUUUGCACUAGCCACAUGAGUAAGAGGGGAGCACCGUCCCACCAAGCUGCCCCAGCCUGGCCCGGGCUCUACCUGGCCUUCUCCAUGCUGCCCCUCUUCACCCUGACCCGCUCAUUAUCACCAUGACCCUUUCUCACACAUCUGUCUCAGAGACCCGGAAGCUGCUGGCAGAGUUAGAUCUUCCCCUCUCUCUCUCUCUCUCUUCCUCCCUUCCUCCCUUUUCCAUUCCCUUUCUCCAUCCUUCUCUCAGCCUCUCCUUGACUCUUUCUUCCAUCAUGUGCAGCAACAGCAGGGACAACACACACAGUAUUUGGCUGGUUACCCUAAUGUAGCGCCUUCCACUCUUAGGGGACAUUGUUGGGGGGAGGAGAGGGAGUUGGUUGUUUUUUGGUUUUUUUAAUCUAUAUUUUUUCUGACUGAGCCACCAGUAUUUAUCUCUGGAGAGUUUGUGCUGAGCUGGUUUCUGCUAAUUUAGUGAUGAUAAAGCUCAUCCAAGUUGGUGAUAGCUUAUUAUUUUCUUAAGUAAAAAAAAAAAUGAGAUUAUAUAUAAAUAUAUAUAUAUAAACAAACACAGUAUUUAUCGUAGUGCUAGUUGUCUGGACACUUUGGGGAGAGGCAGUCCAGACAGUGUAUGUUUUUAGGGGAGGGGGAGGUCCCACUCACUAAAAAGAAACCAUCUCUAUUGCCUCAGCCUCGUUGUUCAUUUCUUUCUACCACAUCCCCAGCUGAACUUCCAAACCAUAAAGUCAGUUGAAGAAAACACAUGAGGAACUUUGUUGUGUUGGAUGUGGCCAGAAUUAGGGAAGAAGAUGGUGGGAGCAGGGGGCGGUUGGGCACCAGAUCAUGCAGUUUAGAGGUAUUUUCCUCAUUUUACAUUGUACAGGUGAGGAGGAAACAGUCCCUGGAAGAGAAUGGGAAUUAUCUAAAGUCACACAAUAAGUAGCAGAUCCAGCACUGACCUGGGUCUCCUGACUGUAAGUCAGGGCUGCCCUGUCCACCAUACCAGCUCACCUCUCUGAAAGUGUCAGUGAGGAUGCCUUGGGUUCAGGCAGACAGAGCAGGGAGAACUGGGCCCUGGAGAAGUUGGUUUAGCUGUUGAGGCCAAUGAGACCCCCUUUGUAAGAGGUAGAAACUUCAAGACCUUUCCUGAGACAGGGUUCUGAGCUCUUGGGGGUGCUGAUGUUCUAGUGCCAAGCCCAGGCUUCAAAGCACUGCCAAUUUGUGGGACAGUGCUUUAUGAGGAGCGGCAGAGUUGUCUUAGCCUGGUUGAUGGUUUACCUUUUUCUUUCUUUCUUUCUUUUUUUUUUUUUUGGUCUUGAUUUUUUUAAUGGCUGUUCUUGGCAAAGUGAGACUUUGAGAGCAUGGCUUUUUUUUGCAGAACCAUCAGUUGGUCUGUGUGGGGUAGAGUCACUGAAUUCUGGAUGAGGAGGUCUUGUUCAGUAGUUCGGCACGGGCCUUUGUUGUGCUGGAGAGGCCAACAGGAAGUAUGGAGUCCAGGGGAUUCCCACGUGUAUGGGUAAGCUUCAGCCCUUGCUUCUUCAGUCAGCAGAAGAGUUGUUGGCAUUUAAAACAGUGCAAGAAAAGAAAAAGGUUCUUCUUACUGAGCUGCUGGUGCCAAGACAGAGCUGGCCAUAGUCUGAGGCUCCCUAGGAAGACAAGAGAGGAUGAUUUUUCAGGCGGACAAGACCUUCCCACUUAUUAGCCAAGGAAAAAACCUGUGCCUAGAAAGGAGAUGUGAUUUGCCCUAGUUCUGUUGCCUUUGUAAAUGAGAGCUUUCUCCUUCUGGGCCAGGGAUGACAGUAGUUCAGCAUCAGGAAUUAGGGGUUUCAGGCCCAGACAGGAAGGGCGCGAGACCACCUCCCAAGGGGCUCCUUGAUGGAGAGGCCAGCCCAAUCCCCAGGUAUCAGAGCCUGUGGAGUUGUCUUUUCCCAGAAGCCAGCUGCAGUAGCUCUGCCCCCCCGGGGACCAGUGUCAGGUUUCAUGAUCCAUCCCUCCUCCCGCUCCUCGGAAUGCUCCCCCAGCAGAUCCCGGGGCCUGAGUCUGCUCUGGACCACCUGCCAACGUUGUGCCUCCCAUCUUGUCAGCGUGCUCCUGGGGCCCAUUCGAGCUGCCUCCUUAGGACAGCUGCAGAAGCUCCUGUUCCUGCCUGUCCUUUCUCACCUCUUGUUCUGCCAUGGCCUUCUAGUGAACUCUGGUGACCUUUUGGUGAGGGCUCUGCACAUGAUCUGAUCAGUCAUCCUGGUAUAGACGUAGAGAGGGAAGAGACUUGAGAAGUCGUCCAGCCCCUCAAGCUUUGAAACUGGGUUCUCUGAGAUCUAGGAUUUGUUCUACUCUGCCCUACCUGGAUAAAGACAGGCAGUGUCAUGGAGUGGAAAGGGCACUGACUUUGGAGUUAGAGGAACCAGGAAAGCAUGCACAAGUCACUUAUCUUCUCCAGGACUCAGUUUCUUCAUCUGUAAAAUGAAAGAGUUCAACUAAAUGAUCUCAAAGCUGCCUUCUAGAUCCGAAGUCUGGGAUUCUAUGAGAAUAUGAAUGAUGAGUUAUUGAUUUAGUGGUAACCAGCAGGCAUGGGUAGGUAUUACUAGGUAGCAGAAAUGAACAAUUCUCAUACACCCUCAGGGUUGUCCUGGUGAGUGUGACAGGGUCAACACCUUCCAGAAAACAGUUGUUUACAGAUUCCCAGCUCUAGCAGCAUCUCUUCAUUCAUUUCUGAAGUCACAGCCUUCACAAAGUUCAAGGUUACCCGAUUCUCAGAGCUCGAUCACCCUUCUUGUUUCUGCUCCUCUUCAGUCUUUGGAAUUUAUGGUAAAGAUCUGAAUUCCAAAAUGGGUUGGGGCUCCCCCUGGGUCCCUGUGCAGUCUUUAAGAGGCAGCACUGAGUUGAGUGGGAGCCUGUCUUAAGCGCUCAAAGACAGCAGCAGAAACAUGUUCUAGAAACUGGCUAAGAUUCACCAGCUUGGUAUUUCUUAGGUUUGUUCUUGCUCGUCACAGUCAGUCGAUUGGAAAUGCAGCCUGUACCCCUUAAGCAUCAGCUUGACUUGUAAACCAAGGAAGGAGACCUGACAGGAAGAUCUAUUCUUGGCUCUUAAGUUUUAGACCCAGGAACGGAUUUCUGGAGAUUUGUAGCCAAAUUCUAUCUAUAAGAGCCCUGUAAUUGGAGAAGUGUAAGAAAGGGCGCUGGGGGUCGCCUGUAGGAGUGAUGUGGAAGUUAGGUUGGGGAGUUGUCUAAA